UCAAUGCAGGCAGAGAAAGUAGGCAGAGGAAAGCGUUCUCACAAAAUUCUAAACAAAACGUCACCCUUGUUUUGUUUUGUCAUUCAUAUUUAAAUCAUUUAAAUUCGUGAUGUCAAUCACCGGUAUUAAUUUUGAAAUUAACAACAAAGAAGAAGCGAAAAGGGCAUUUGAAUUGCUUGUGGAAAAAGAGCAAAAACUUGAUACUGAUUUAAGGAGAUUCUUAGAAGAACAUGACCAUCAGGAUGAUAAAAUGAUUUCUUUACAAAAAAUGGUGCCUCAACUGCAGCUUGUUCAUUCUGAUGCUACUCAGUUAUCUAGCAUGGUUUCUUUUACUUCAGCUUUGGCUGAAAACAUUAGUAGCAAAGUCAAGCAGUUAGAUAUCACUAGAAGCAGAGUUUUAGAAUGUAUGCAGAGAGUUGAAGACAUUUUAGAUUUAAAAUUCUGUACAGAUGGUGUUCAAACUGCUCUUCAAAAUGAAGAUUAUGAACAGGCUGCUGCUCAUAUUCAUCGUUUCUUAAGCUUGGAUCAAACUGUUCUUAAAAGAUCUGCUGCAGAUAGUAAUGAAGGUAGCACAUUGGAUGAGGCUUUUGAGCGUCUUCAUGAUGCAGAAAAUCAGCUGAAAGCUUUAGUGAUGAGGAAGUUUGAUGAGGCUGUUAGAGAUGAAGAUGUUGCUUCAGUGGAAAGAUUCUUCAAAAUUUUCCCUCUUCUCAAUCAACACAAUGAGGGACUAAAAAAGUUUUCAACCUAUCUCUGCUCUCAGAUUGCAGAGAAAUCUCAAAAGAACAUGAAACUAUCCCAGGGUGUUUCACAGUCUGAUGUGAGAUGGACUGUGAAGUAUGCCGACACAGCAACUCUUUUGUUUGAAGGAAUUGCCCGUGUUAUUGAAAUACACCAGCCUUUGGUAGAGACCUAUUAUGGUCCUGGAAAGCUUUUUUCAGUGAUAGAAAUUAUUCAAAAAGAGUGUGACAGACAGAUAAAGCGUGUCCUGGAAGAGUUUAAAAUGCAAAGAGACUUUAAUAAAAAGGCUUCCUGUAUUCAACAGUUAAAUAAAUAUCCCCACAGAGCAAUUGAAAGAAUUGAUCCCCGUGAACUAGAUAGCCUUUUAGCAGAAAUUACUAUCUUAAGUACCCGAGCUCAGCUUUAUCUCAGAUUCAUUCGACGAAGAAUUAUGGGAGAUAUUGAAAUUUCCUCUCCUAAUGAAAAACAAAGAAAAGAGGAAGAGCAGCGUUUGAAUCGAUUUUUAAAGGAGUGUGAAUUAAGUCGAUUAAUGCAUGACCUGCUAGGGACGUAUGUGACAAUGGAAGAAUAUUUCAUGAAGGAAUCCAUUCAAAAAGCAGUCAACAUGGAUUUAAUUGAGGAAAAUUCUCUCACUUCAAGUAUGCUUGAUGAUGUAUUUUUCAUUACAAAAAAAUGUCUCAGAAGAGCAAUUUCAAGCUCCAGUGCUGAUAUAGUGUGCGCGAUGUUGAACAACACCAUUUCUUUGCUUCAAACUGAUUUCCAUGACUACUUGAAUGAGAAAUUGAAAUUAGGAUUUCCAUCCAGUAUGUUAGAUUUCAGCCAAGCAUACAGUGUUUUUCAAUCCAGUCCACAGAUCCAGUCUUCUGACAUUGAUAAAUCAAAAAUUGAAUUCCUGGUCACAUUGAACAAUGCAGAAGUAGCAUGUGAAUUGGUUCGAACUCUCCGAAGCAAUUUAGAAGAGGAAGUUAGAAAAAUGUUCCCACAUGCUUCUGACCAAGAUGGAGCAAAACUUGAUAGCUGCUUAUCGGAUUUGACUUCCGUGAAUUUCAAAUUGCAGCAGCUCAUCAGUCAUGGUCGCAGUCACCUGUGCUCAACAGUAGUUAAACCUCGUAUAAAACCUUGGGUUGAUGCAUUUCAGUCCGCUAGUCAUAUUAUCACUGAAGAUGAAUUUUCCCAAUAUGAAGCAAAUGAUGGUAUGAGGCCCUUUAUACAGAAUUUUAUAAUUAGCACAGACACUUUUCUAAAAUCCCUUAAAGCUAGUUUAACUACGAGCAAUUUUGAUGCCUUAGUAAGCCUUUUAGCAUCUGAACUUACUUCUCAUUUUGAAAAAGCUGUUAUGGCCUGUCAAUUCAACAGAUUAGGAGGUUUACAGUUUGACAGAGAAUUAAGAUUAAUUAUAGGAUAUUUGACUACAGUCACUACAUGGACAAUCAGAGACAAGUUUGCUCGGCUCACUCAAAUUGCAACUAUUCUAAAUUUGGAAAAUGUUACUGAGUUAUUGGAUACAUGGGGUACAAAUUCUGGUUCUCUAACCUGGCGUCUCACUCCAACGGAAGUCAGACAAGUAUUAUCUUUAAGGAAGGACUUCAGAUCUGAAGACAUCAAGCGUCUCAAAUUGUAAAAUUGAUGAAUCAAACAUUAUGUAAAUAAAAGAGAUAUAUUUAUAUUCAUUUACUGAAUGAUAUUUAUAUAAAGUUUUGUUUUAA